UACAACACUCUUUCACAGAGAGCUUUAUCCUCUUCCCAUGGCGUCUUCCGCCUCUCCUCCCUCCUUAUCUCUACUCUCCCUCACUUCAAAACCUCCUCCAUCUCCCUCCGCCGCCUCCACCACCCACCGUCCUCUCCCUUCACUCACAUUCAACUCCCGUUUCGCGCCUCUAACACUAAACCCCCGCCGCGGCCGCCGUUCAAUCAUCGUCAAAGUAGACGACGCGGACGCCGACGGAGGCGGACAAGACGAGUACGACAUGGACGACGAGGAAGUGGAGGAAGUGGACAACAAGAAGGACUACGACGUCGAGUACGACCCCUUGGCCGCAGCGAUGGCGGCUGCAAGCGGAAGUGCUGGUGAUGGAGAUAUAGCUUUCGUGCAGAGCAAGAGCUUCAUAUCGACGCAGGGAUGGGACUCGGAGAUGGUGGUUGAUUAUCGGAUUAACGAAGAGGAGUUUCAUAAGAUAAGUUUGCUCGACUGCGAUUUCUUCAUCAGGAAACCGCCUGAUCCUGAUAACGAUGUUUAUGACUUCAGAGAGAUGUAUGUUACUCCUCCAGAUACGGAUAUUUACUCGAUUCCAAGAGUUCUUGCUCCAAUGCCUCAAAAGUAUAUUCGAUGUGCGAUGAGUGACUAUGGAUGUUACAAUGUCACUGAACCGCCUAUUGAUGCUCCCAGAGACCCACUAUACAAAUCUGAGAGGGAGAUAACCAAGGUUUUCUUGACAAAGCAUUAUCGGAACAGAAGGUUAAACGACCCAGAGUUUGUGCUAGACCUUGAAGAGAUCUAUGUUAUUGACUCCAAGACAAAGUCAAUCACCAGAGCCAGGGUUCUGGUGACAGUUCCUGGAGGGAGAAAAAGGGAUAGGAAGGAUGAUUUGCUCGUGAUACGCGACAAUGGGAACUCUUUUAAAAUCAUACAUGCGGGGGAAAGAGCUGACCCAACAACGGUAAUAGAAAGGGAAGAAUGGACCAAAACUCGAGAAGACAUGGAGAAACAUCUCAGAAAGCUACGAGACUUCAGUGUCUCAAAUUGGUUCUAGGAUAAUCCCGAGAAAAAUCAAGCAAUAAGAAUUCUUCCUGGGAUUGAAAACGAGAGUAGAUGGUGUUAAUCAGUGAUACUGUGGAGAGACCAAAGACGUGUUGUUUCAUGGUCUACAAUGUUGUCUUGCCUCAGGUACUUUACUAGCUAGCAGCAGUGGUGAAUGCAUGCGGUGUAUUGAAUGAUAUGGCCUCUAGCUGCAAUAGUUUUGAUGACUAGAGAAACUAGCUUAUGUCUAUUUUGUUAGUUAACAAUCGUUUUAUUAUUUUCAACUAAGGUGUUUAAUUCAAGUGUUCAGGUGAGGAGAUUGCGUGCUUUAGAACUUAGCCAGCGUGUCGUUUAUUAGGGUACGAAGCUAUUAAAAACGGCAGGUAUUCUGUUAUUCUCACCUUUAUGGUGCGUCAGUAAAAGACAACACGUGUACGUUGUCUUGUUUGAUAGUUUGGUUUUCAUUCACGUGAGAUUGGCAGAGUUAGCCGACAGUGGCUUUCAAUGUCGUGUGGGUGGUUCCCAUCGGCCCAUUCUGUGACCAAACAUUAACUUCUCUA